AUGGUAUCAUUAAUCGCUACUACAGUGACAGUUCUUUUGAUUCAUAACAUAGGAUUUACCAGCAGUGCAAGAAUUUUGGCUAUUAUGCCGACCCCUUCUUACAGUCAUCAAAUAGUCUAUCAUUCUAUUUUUAGAAAUUUAAACUUACGAGGUCACCAUAUUACCUUAGUAACUACAGAUCUAUUACCUGAUAGAAAUUUGAAAAAUUUUACACAGAUCGACAUUAGUCAUACUUAUCAACUUAAAAAAUCGCUGAAUUUUCUUGAAACAAGACAUGAAUACUCAUGGCUGGAAAUUAUCGGGGUUAUGUUAUUGGAAAUAACAGAAAAGCUUUGCAUACUUACUUUCGAGCAUCCUGACUUUAAAAAAAUCUACGCGCCUGAUAGCUAUGAAAAAUUUGAUCUUGUUAUGGUCGAAAUAAUCUGGACGCCAGCUUUUUCAGCUUUAGGACACAGAUUCAAAGCUCCUUUGAUAGGUGUUACAUCAUCCGGGCUUUUACAACAGAAUCAUUUUAUUAUGGGUAAUCCAGUAAUACCGUCUCACCCUUCAUCCUAUGAAUUAAAUAUAGGUAUUGGUUUGAAUGUACCCUUCUGGAAAAGAGUACAGAAUUUCGUCUUAACGUGGUGGUAUAUACAUGUAACUUGUAACAAUAAACUUUAUAAACCGCAACAAAAAAUUGCAGAAAAAUAUUUAGGUAAUAUACCUUCCAUUAGAGAAUUAGAAAAGAACAUUAGUAUUAUAUUUAUGAAUUACCAAGAAGAAAUUUCAUUUACCAGACCAAACAUGGCCAAUAUUAUAAAUUUUAGUGGUUUACAUAUAGCAAGUAAUGCUUCAAAUAAACCUUUACCAAAGGGAUUAAAAGAAUUCAUAGAUAACGGAUCGAAUGGCUUCAUUUAUGUGAGCCUUGGAACAAACGUACAUUCGUCAAUGUUUCCGAAAAAAUUAAUGGAUAUAUUUUUAAAUGUUUUUUCAAAUUUACCGAUUAAGGUUGUGUGGAAAUUCAAAGGAAAUUUCUUAAAAAUACCUGAAAAUAUAUAUAUCGCUGAAUGGUUUCCACAACAAGCAAUUCUAGCACAUCCGAAUUUGAAGCUGUUCGUUUAUCAAGGCGGACUUCAAAGUACGGAAGAAGCUAUACACUUUGGUGUACCCCUUGUUGGAAUACCAAUAAUAGCCGAUCAAGAUAUGCAAGUUAUUAAAAUGGAAAGUUUAGGGACAUGUAGGAGCGUCGAUAUUUUACAAAUAACGAGAGAAUCCUUAAACGAAGCAAUUAUGGACACCUUAAAUAACAAAAGUUAUAAAGAAAAUAUGUUGAAACUGAAGAAUCUCACUAAAGAUAAACCGUAUAACUCAAUGGAACGGAUAAUUUGGUGGACAGAAUAUGUCAUUCGUCAUAAAGGAGCACCUCAUCUCCGUUCUAGUAUUGUCGAUGAACCUUGGUACCAAAGAUAUAAUACUGAUGUAAUUGCUUUCUUAUCUGUUACUUUGUUUACCAUCGUUCUUCUUAAUUUAUACCUUACAGAUAAGACGACAAAAAGGAAAAGAGACAUAAGCAGAUAA